AUGGUAAAGACACGGAAUUUUGUUGAGGGAGAUAGUACCUUAGCAACAAAAGUUGUUUGGGAUGAUGAGCUGACGUUGAUAUUUUGUAAGCUUUGCGUGAAUGAAGUCAAUGCUGGUAAUAGACCGACAACUCAUCUAAACUCAAAAGGAUUGGAAAAUGUGGUUGCUCUUUUUCAAGCAAAAACACAAAAAAUUUAUGGAAAACUUCAAUUGAAAACUAAGUGGGAUACUUUAAAAAAGGAAUGGAGGUUAUGGAGAGAGUUGCUUAAGGAAUCUACAGGUAUUGGAUGGUGUCCAUCUAAAAAGACGGUCGAUGCUACCGAAGAAUGGUGGGCUGCAAAAAUACAGGAAAAUCCUGAUUUUAAAGGAUUUAAGAAGAAAGGAAUUGAACCACGAUUGAAUGAGUUAAUGUGGCAAAUGUUUGGUGGCAUUGUAGCCACUGGAGAAAAUGCAUGGGCACCUUCGUCUGGUGUUCUUCCAAGUGGGAUUCCUAUGGGAGAUGAUGCACCUAAUGAGGAAUUUGGUGAUUCAGAUAAACAUAGUAACGAGAAUGAAGGUAUUCCUCCUGAUGAGGUACCAUCAAAACCUUCUCAUGAAAUCCCUAAUCGAAGAAAGCAAACACUUGGGGCUGUACACGGUAAAGGAAAAAAAUCAAGUUCAAGUAGAAAAUCAUCAAGAAUUACAUUAACUACUCAGAUCGAGAAAUUGUGUGAGAGUAUGGCUAGUCCAAGGAAGUCAGUGACUGAAAUUAUUUUUCCUCACUCUCAAUAUACUAUUUCAAAUGCAAUGGAUGCUUUGCGUGCUUUGGGAGAUGAAAUUCCAAAAAAAGAUGAACUAUACUAUUUUGCCACCAAAAUGUUCCAAAUACCGGUGAAACGAGAAGUGUUUUUGAACUUAGAUCCAGAUGAUAGGGUUUGGUGGCUUCGAUGUGAGUAUGCUGAACAAAAUCCAAUUGCAUCAUUUUCAUCCUUGAAUGGGAAAGUAUCGGCAAUGGAGAAGUUAGCAUUAUCAUUGUACAUUCUUGGAAAUAGAGAAUCAAAUUCAAAUGCAAAAGAACGAUUUCAACGAUCUGGGGAAACUGUUAGUAGAAUUUUUACUGAUAUAUUGCAUAUAUUUGGUCGAAUGAGAAUAAACACGAUUAAACCCACUGAAGGUCAAUUCGAGGAAGUACCGAACCAUAUUCGACAUGAUACAAGAUAUUGGCCUCACUUUAAGUUGGGAAGGAACAGCACAUGA